AUGAUUGGAGAUUGCAAGCUGGUAUGCUGCUCCUACACCUGUGACUCAACACAGCCUCAUGCCACCCUCUCUUCUCUCCAUCCCCACCAUCAGGACCUCAGCCUCCUCGGAAAACCCUCAUCCUCUGUCCCCAACAAAGCCCUCAUCUCCUUUGCCCCUCCUAAACCGAAACAACAACCCCCUGACUCGCCAAUGUCAGGUGCCACCCCAACUUGGCUCGGUCUGGUCACGACACGGAGCUCUCGUGGUCGACUCAGUGAACCACCGAGUCAUGGCAUUAACUGA